ACUUCUGUGCAAAGGCUGCCCAAGGUUUAAGCUCUGAUUCUAAGGUACCAUGUCUGGCCAACGAGAUCCUGGUGUGGGGUUUUCCACGACAACUGUCAGUUCAGUAGCUGUGCAGGCUGGGGACUCCAAAAUCGUGAUAGCUGUCAUAAAGUGUGGCAAAUGGGUGCAACUUCAAUUGGCCGAAUCACAGCCCAAUCUUCUAGAAAUUGGGAGUAGUCAAGAUGAAACCAAAAAAUUACUUCAUGAUCAUGAAUUUCUUUUGGCCAAGCUCAAGGCUUUGGAAGAUCGGGUAUGGGAACUCUUGCAAGAAGCAGACAAGACAGCUGAAGAGAACAAGGAUCAGAGUCAGGUCUAUGAUGCCAUGGCCCAGACCCUUGGUGAAGCAUGGGCAGCCCUGGUCUCCAUGCUUGAAAGAAGAAGAGAGCUCCUUAGGUUGACUUCUGAAUUUUUUGAAAAUGCUUUGGAGUUUGCUUUUAAAAUAGACCAGGCUGAAGAUUUCCUCCGGAAUCCUCAUGAGUUUGAGAAUCCCGAGUCCAUAAAAUCACUUCUUCAGCUUCACGAACAUCAUACUAAAGAACUCUUAGAACGAUCUUUAGCUCUUUUAAACAAAAGUCACCAACUCACUGACUUCAUAGAAAAAUUCAAGUGUGAUGGACCUAAUGUGAAUGCUGAGUUGAUUCGGGGGGCUCAGAGCAGCUGUCUGAAGAUUGACAGCCUCCUUGAACUUCUACAGGACAGGAGAAGGCAGCUAGACAAGUAUCUGCAGCAACAGCGGCGACAAUUGGCUCAAGUUCUGCAAAUAUACCUGUGGGACCAACAAGAAAACCAGGUUACUUGUUGGUUUCAGAAAACCGUAAGAGAUUUGCAGGAACAAAGUCUAGGUUCAUCACUUUCUGACAAUGAGGAGCUAAUUCGUAAGCAUGAGGAACUGAUAGUGCAAACAAAGGAAUGGAAUUCCGCUGUGGAAAAGCUGAAGAGGGAGGCAUUGGGGAUUCCGCCAUCAAAGGACUGUGCAGAGAGAGAUCAUCUACAGCUCUCUACCCAGAAACUGAAUCAGCUUCAAGAAGAGUUUGCUCAACUCACGGUGGAAAGGAAAACUUGGUUAAUAAAGGCAAAUGAUUUUUUUAACAGUGCUAACAAGGCAUUUGAUGUACUUGGAAGAGUUGAAGCUUACCUUAAGCUCCUUAAAUCAGAGGGUUUAAGUCUGCCAGUCUUGGCAGCGAGGCAUGAGGAAUUACACAGAGAAAUUAAAGACUGCACAGCUGAUGCUUUGCAAAAGGGACAAACAUUAAUCAGCCAAGUAGACUCCUGCAGCUCUCGAGUGACCGGCAUCCAUAAGAUGAUGGGAUGCAUUCAGAGACGUGUGGAUCAUCUGACUGAACAAUGUUCAGCGCACAAGGAAUUUGCUCUUAAGAAACAGCAAUUAGCAGCCUCGGUGGAGGGUUACCUGAGGAAGGUGGAAAUAUCAAUUCAGAAAAUCAGUCUAGUGCUUUCCAACACAAUGAAUGUUGGUUCCAGUCUUUCUGAAUCAGAGAAGAUUUUGAAUAAAUAUCUGGAACUAGACAUACAAGCUAAGGAGACAGCACAAGCCUUAGAAGCAGCUGCAAAAAUCAUGACAGAGAAAAACGAAUUUGAACCUGAUGAAGUGGCAUCACUUUCUUUUAAAGCUAAAUGGCUAGAAGAGGAAUUAAGUAUACUUGGCCAAGGUAUUGGCUCCAGGUCACAAGUCCUGCAAACUUAUGUGGCAUUUCUAAAGUCAUCAGAGGAGGUAGAGGCACAGUUUCAGAGCCUAAAGGAAUUUUAUCAAACUGAAAUCCCUCGGAAGGAAGAAGAUGAUGCUAAAGCCACGUGUUGGUCUGAGUCAGUUGAGAAGCAAUGGCAGCUAUUUUUAAAGAAGAGUUUUUUAACCGAGGACCUAGGGCUUGAGUUCCUUAAUUUAAUAAAUAUGGUGAGAAUAACAUAA